AUGCUAGGCUUGUUAAUACUGUGCCUAAGCCCAGUGUUUGCGCAGGAUGACGAUGACACAACAGCAUCGACCAAGUCUCGAACAAUAGACCCUCCAUCGUUUCUCUAUAGAGAAGACAUGAACCCUAUUGAAAGAGUUGUAUUAUGCAUCAUUUUUAUACUCAUCAUCCUCAUAACAGUCCUACCAAAGCCUGAAUAUAAAACAUAUCAAAUGGCCGCACUGAAUGGUUUUGGGCUUUACAUUGGUGCCUAUGAGAUGAUAUUCAGAUAUUUUUUCAACCUAACCUCUCCUCUGUUAAUGAUACCCUGCAUUGCAGCAGGUGUGGGUCUAACACUGUAUGAACCUACCAAGCCUAUUGUUGGAUCGUUAGCCUGCACAUAUCCAGCAUGUAUGAUUAUUCUAGCCCUGUUGGGAACUCAGUCGAGAAUUGUUGCAAUUAUCAUGAUGGUAUUGUUUUGCGUGGUGCUCCUUUUCCUUUUUAGCCAUGUUGAAUCGAUCUUUGAUCUUAUUUGUAAAACGUUUAUCCACACAUUUUUAGCUUGCUGCAUUUUGGAGCUUACUGUGCUAGGUGUACUGAAGAAUGGAUUGACAAUUGACCUAUUUUCGUUUGGGCUUAUGGAGACAAUAUCCAGAUUUAUCAUUUUAUUAUUGUUGAUAGGCUUUGUCUUUAUUACACCUGUUCUUGCAUUCCUAUCGAAGCUGUUGCUUGGAGGAGAUGGAAAGUCAAGCGCUGAUGCUGAGCAAAAUGUUUGA